AUGGAGCGCUGGCAGCAACAGUGGAGAGCCGGUAUAGAGCAGCAGCAGAGUUCGCCAGGUUUGAAGACAAGGAGGCUGAUCCCGGACAUCUCGUCAUGGGUCGGUCGCAAGCACGGAGAAAUAGAUUUCUAUCUCACCCAGGUCCUUACCGGGCAUGGGUUCCUUCGGAGCUACUUCGUCAACAAAGGCAUCUUGGAGGGCUCGCCUAACUGUCCGGUGUGUGAGCACGACGUGGAGGAUGCCAAAAACGUGAUAUUCCACUGUCCACGGUUUGCUCGGACACAACACGAGAUGCAGCAGCAAAGCCACACCCGCAUGACGAUGGGCAACCUUGCAACGGAAAUGUGUGCCAGCCGCAGUACAUGGGAAGCAGUCCGGACAGCCGCUCGGACAAUCUUCAAAAACCUCCUGGACGACAACAGCGACGGCGGAAUACAAACCAAGCGGAGAAGCGAUAGCGCCUUUGCAUACACAGGACAACGAGAUUAG